CGGCCGCCCCCACCCGGGCGCAAGGUAGGCCGCGCGGGGAAUGUCCCGGGCGGAGCCAGCAGAGACUGGCGCUGUGCUCCACCAGACGCGGCUGUGUUUGCCGGGCCUGGCUCACAGCGAAACGAGAUGGCAGAGCAGUCGGACGAGGCGGUGAAGUACUACACCCUGGAAGAAAUUAAGGAGCACAACCACAGCAAAAGCACUUGGAUUAUCCUGCACCACAAAGUGUACGAUCUCACCAAAUUCCUGGAAGAGCAUCCUGGUGGGGAAGAAGUCUUAAGGGAGCAAGCUGGAGGUGAUGCUACUGAAAACUUUGAGGAUGUCGGGCACUCUACAGAUGCGCGAGAACUGUCCAAAACAUACAUCAUUGGGGAGCUUCAUCCGGAUGACAGAUCAAAGUUAAACAAGCCUUCGGAAACUCUUAUUACUACUCUUGAGUCUAAUUCCAGUUGGUGGACCAACUGGCUGAUCCCGGCCCUCUCAGCAGUGGCCGUUGCCCUGAUGUAUCAUCUAUACAUGGCAGAAGACUGAAUCCCUUCUCAGACGAAGGCAGGAAAGAACUGCUUGGGGCGAGGGAGAAGGAAGCCGAUGUUAACUACUUCAACUGAUAGAAACCUUCACUUGAAAAAAUAAUUUCAAUAUGUCUGUUUCCCUUUUCCUCCUCUACUAGAAACAAAACAAAAAGAACUGUCCUGUUCUUCAGCUCUUGACAUAUUCAAGUGUACCUUUUUAUUCACCAACUUGAUUUUGAUAUUUCUUCACUACAUAAUUUGCUUAUUGUAAACAUGAUCUUUUGAAAAUAUAUCUGGCCUUUAAAAUAAUGCUGCCGUGUUUGGCUGGUCUGUUUGGAAUGGAGUUGUCUUUAGUGCUUUGGAUCUCUGGUUAUUUAGAAGAAUCCUUGAACAUGUUAAUCAUUCAGAUCCAUGUUGUCCAUAUGGUGUGAGUUCAAGGAACAGCCUUGAAUGUCUCUGUGCUUCUUCACGUCUAAUUAAAUAGCCAAAUAUGCAAGUUUCCUAGGAAAACAAGAAAGGCCAGAGAUUACAGCUUAAGGAUUCUAGAAAUUGUUCUCUUUGAAAUAGAUAAUAAAAGAGAAAGUAGUCACAGAACCCAUAAAAGACUUCAUAGCUUCUCUGAUUGAAAAAUAUCAGCACGUAAACAAAACUCAUGAACCUUGAGAAGAUGUUACAACUAUUCAUUCUCUUAGUUUAAAAAUAUUCCAGAGAGGCACUCAGUUUAUAGGUUCUGAAGUUUCAAGAAUUCCUCAUUCAGAGGGGAAAACUGUUCAUGUACUCUUCUAAGGAAAGGCUGAUUUCCUAGUUUGUAAAAAACACAGAUUUGGAGGAGAUGGUGGGACAUCUGUAAUCCAGUUUUUGAAGAAAUUUAGCAGCUACUCCGAGGAAUUCUGUUCAUUUCCUCAUUAUAUGUUAUUGUUAUUCAUGCUUUAUUCCUUUUAAAGGUAGAGACUUGGAUGAAUUCAUGACCAUGGUAACUGCAUCAUUAGCUGUGACUGUGUGUGUUUACACUGGUGUAAACACGACUGAUGGGCAGUGGGGUCUUCAGAAAUAACUAAGCACAUUGGAAAGGAAUUGUAUUCUUACAGAUUUUAUCAUCAGUGGCAUGUACCACCCUUUGCCUGUUUUUGUCACUGAAAGUUGAUGAGCUAAUUUAUAUUUCAAAAUAAAUUAUAAUACUUGUGAAGA